UGAUACACCACUGUUAUGUAGUGGGUCAAUGGAGCUAUAUAAUCGAACCCAGCCUCGACUCUGACACUUAUCUUUGACACUAUCCCUUCACUAUGAACACGUUGAGGUCCACGGUGGCCCGGUCCACCACAGCGCUCAGGACAUUAACCCAGAAGACCCGUAGCAUUCACCUGAAUAAGGUGGAAUAUGUCGCCAGGCAGACCGAGCAGAAGCUUCCUCACGUAUUCUUAGGUACGUUCACUAGCUUAAGGCGCCGUUUUUGUACGGCUGGCACCGCCUCGGUGAAAGGGGAGGACACUCUGCUCAAAUGGAUGCUCCUCCUCAUCCCAACCGCAACCUUUGGCCUCGGAACCUGGCAGGUCAAACGACGGCAGUGGAAGAUGAAACUGAUUGAAGACCUGAGGCGCCUCACCACCUCUGAACCGAUUCCUCUUCCUAUUGAUCCCCUUGAGCUGAACGGGCUGGAGUACAGGAGAGUAAAGGUGCGUGGACAGUUCGACCACACCAAGGAGUUGUACAUCCUUCCCCGUUCACCGGUCGACCCGGAGAAAGAGGCCCGUGAAGCCGGCCAGCUGUCCUCGAGUGGGGAGACGGGGGCCAACGUGAUCGCACCGUUUCACUGCACUGACCUGGGCAUCACCAUCCUGGUGAACCGAGGGUAUGUUCCCAAGAAGAAGAUCAGGCCAGAGACCAGGAUGAAGGGACAGACAGAGAGUGAGGUUGAAAUAGUAGGAGUAGUGAGGCUGACUGAGGUCCGCAAACCUUUUGUGCCACCUAACAACGUGGAGAGAAACAGCUGGCACUACCGUGACCUGGAGGCCAUGGCCAGUGUGGUCGGAGCCCAGCCCAUCUUCAUCGAUGCAGACUUUGCAAGUACCACUCCUGGAGGACCAAUCGGAGGACAGACCAGAGUCACACUAAGGAAUGAGCACAUCCAGUACAUUGCAACAUGGUAUGGUCUGUGUGCCGCAACAUCCUACAUGUGGUAUGCAAAGUUUAUAAAGAGGAUAAAGCUUUGAUCCAACAGAAAUGCUGAAGUUGUUCUUGUAACAUUUAAUUUUCUUUAUUCCAUGUUUUGCAAUGUAUUAUUUAAUAAAUCAUUUUAAAUCUC